AUGCGCUUCGAAUUCACCUCUCUUGUUGCCUUCCUGGCAACCACUGCUCUGGCAGAUCGCAUGGAAAUAUUUACUAAAUGCGGAGAUACCAGCUGCAAUAGUUACGAUGGCUGGUUCUACACGGACUACGGUGCCUACAGGGUCAACGCCAACACCGGCUGCAGGGUCCCUGGCGUACCUCACAUGGAGGAGUUCUGUAUCGACUGGGAUAACAGACGCCUCCACUUCCGCUUUGGAGGUCAAGACAAACGGUGUAUGACCCAGGACUCUGAGUCUGCCUAUGGAUGCGGCGCCACGUGUUACAAAACCACUUGGAGGGAGAUUCCUUGUUACUGGCGCAUGGCCCCUAUCCCGGAGGAGCAGCUAGCGACUGAAGUACAAUCUUCUGCGCCAUCUACUACUGCAGAGGUUAAAGGCAAGAGGGCUGUCAAUUUUUGA